CUCAACACUAGCAUUGAUCUAGUGCAAGGGGCAUUGCAAAAAUAUUCUAAAUUUUGGCACCGAGUAGCAACUUACUAUCAAGAAAACAAGACAUUCAGUAGCGAUCGUGAUAAAAAAGGGUUAGAGCACCGUUGGUCGGCUAUUCAAACUGCAGUUAGUAAAUUUUGCAGGUGUUUUAAUCAAAUUGAAGCAAGAAAUCAAAGUGGCGUGACAGAGAAUGACAAGGUACUAAUUGUGGCUUCAAAUUAUGGAAAUGAUGCAAAUGUUUCAAAACAUGCAAGGAGUAAAGACAAGCAUAUAGCUUCUGAAAUUACACCAGUAAUGUUGUUUAUUGAUGAAAUGAGGCAGGAUCGGAAAGAAAAAGAGUCAAAAAGAGCAGAAUUAUUUGAUCAAAUUUAUGUUCAGGAGCAAGAGCGCACAAAGAUAGAGCAAGCCAAACUACAGAUCGCUUAAGUAGCUCAAAAUAUCAAAAAGGAAAAAAUACGAUUGAAAGUUAUGAAACAAGAUGAGAGGAUUAUGGCAAUUAACACUGAUGGCAUGCCUCCAUUACAAGUAGAGUAUUAUAAUAAGCUGAAGAUGGAAAUUCUUGGAAGACAAUUUGGUAGUGGUAGUUCAAAUUAGAAGGAAGAUGGUGGCGGUUCAAAUCUACAAUUUAUUUAGUGUGUUUUUAUGUAUUUCAAUUUACUCUUGUUGUAUCGUACUUGAAGAUGAUGUAUUGUAUUUGAAGAUUUUAUGAAGUUCUAUUUAUGCAAAUGGAAACUUUUCUUAAAAUUAAAUUAGAUCACAUAUUGAUAUAGAAAUUAAACAUCAACUAACAGGUCCUUACUUGCAACACUAAAUUCAAUGACAUUAAUAUUACAUCAGCACACAAAUCCUUUACUAAAGCCCACCAUUUCAUUCCCUUAAGUGCUCGACAAAAUCCAACUGCAAUUGAGAAUGAGUUUGCCUGUCUCUAAUGCAAUGAUGAUUCUGAAUAAAUUCACACAAAUCUAUUAUACGUUCGUGAGACACUGAUAUGGUUAGAGCUUCCUCAGCAGCAUCGUACGUGAAGUCGAUAUAAUCAUCAUUUCUUUCAUCUUCAACGAUCAUAUUAUGCACGCUUGCAUAAUAUUUUUCAAUAUUUUCUCAUCCCAAGAGCGAGUUGGUCCACACACAAUUGCAAAGCGUGAUUAGAGUACCCCGAAUGCUCGCUCUACAUCCUUUCAUGCCGACUCAUGAAGUGUAGCAAAAUGUUUUCUUUUAUUUCCUUGUGAUAAAGAAGUUGUUUUAACAAAUGUUGACCAUAACGGAUAUAUACCAUCAAUUAGGUAGUAUCCCAUCGUGUAUUCGUGACCACUGACUGUAUAAUUAACAGUCGGACCAUGCCCUUUAGCAAGUUGAGAAAAAACGGAAGACCGUUCUAACACAUUAAUGUCAUUAAGAGCUCCCGGUAAACCGAAAAAAGCAUGCUAAAUUCAAAGAUCGUAGGAAGGAACAACUUCUAAAAUUAUUGUACGAGUGUGGAUGUGACUAGUAUACAUACCAUGAUACGCAACCGGAUAAUUCUUCCAUCUCCAAUGCAUGUAGUCAAUACUUCCCCGGAAAUCCCCGUUGUUCGCCAAUUGCAAGCAAUCUUGCAGUUUCCUCGUCAAUUGGUGACCUUAGAUACUCAUCACCGAAAAAUUGCAACAAUUGCUUUAGUAAACCGACCGAGACUCUAUAGCAGUGCUUUCUCCAAUCCACACAUAAUCAUCCACAGAAUCUGCUGAUACUCCAUAAGCAAGCAUCCUCAUAGCAACAGUUACUUUCUGUUGUGAGGAUAAACCAAUUUUCCCAGCACCAUCCCGUUUCUGGACAAAGUAGGAAUUGUGUGUUUCCACUACAGAUAAAAUACGUAAAAAUAGUGGACGAUGCAUACGAAACCUCUUUCGAAAUAGUUUUGCAGGAUACACAGGAGAUUCACUAAAAUAAUCAUGAAAAAGUCUCUCGUGACCUUCAACUCUAUUGCGCUGAAUUACAACGUGCCCUGGAAUGGAACCACGACGACAUGAACUUUGACCUUCGCUAGAGUGGUGUUCUUCCAAAGAUGCGAUUGCUAAUAAGGUCGCAUAAUCAUCAUCGUCGUCAUCCUCUUCCUCUUGUAGCAAGGCACGUAACAAAUUACUAGCCAUAAAUAAUAUUGAAGAUUGGGUUAAAAAAAUUAAAUGAAUUCGAAUUUAGUGAAAAUGAAAGACACUGGUAAUGCUAUUUAUAGAGAGAGUGACCACAUUUAAUUAAAAAACGGUCGUUGAUAUAUGACCGAAGAAAUAUGAAUGUUAUAAUACGACCAUUGAGAUAUGA